GAGUGAGUGUGCGUGCGUGCGCCCGCGCGUGUGUAUGCGCGUGUGCGGUAGGAGAGCGAAAGUAGCACGAGCAGAGAAACUUGGGAAUCUUUAAGCUAUUUUCACUAGAGGCUGCAGCUGGACCUGGACCUGGACCUGGAGUUAGACCUGGAGCUGGCGAGGUGUUCUGGAAAGAAGCGUUGAGCUGUAACGAGGACUAACCUGCUCUUUCUAAACGAUGGGAUUCCUCAGCGCCAUCGGCGUGGUCUUCAUCAUCAUCAUCACCCUCAGUGUUUUUACUCCUGCUUUGGGUGCAAGCAGCUAUUACUGUGAAGACCCACUGCUGUCAUCACUUCCCUCUGCCUCCUUUCAGAGUUCAUCAAGGUCUUCUGACAGCCAAUCAGCACACAUUGUAAAGCUCCACAGCAGAGAUGGUUCUGGUGGAUGGUCUCCAGACCGCGAGGACCGCCGUCCCUGGCUGCAGGUAGACCUAAGAGAUCGAUUGGAGGUAACAGCAGUAGCCACACAGGGCCGAUGGGGCAGCGCAGACUGGGUGAGCAGCUACCAGCUGCAGUACAGUGACUCAGGCAGAACAUGGAGAACCUACAGACAAGACAACAUGCCAUGGACAUUUUCAGGGAACACAGACACAGACUCGGUGGUCCAGCGCAAGCUUCUGCACUCUAUCAGGACUCGAUUUGUACGACUUCUGCCUCUAGAAGGAAACCCCACGGGAGGAAUAGGACUCAGACUGGAGAUCUAUGGCUGCAGUUACAAGUCAGAUGUGGCAGAUUUUGAUGGGCACAGUGCGCUGCUCUACCGCUUUAAUCAGAAAUCCACAAGCACACUGAAGAACGUGAUCUCAGUGCGAUUCAGGAGCAGGAAAGCCAACGGUGUUCUGCUGCAUGGAGAGGGCCAGAGAGGAGACUACAUCACCCUGGAGCUCCAGAAAGGAAGACUUACACUACAUCUCAACCUGGAUGAUGCUAAACCCCAGUCCAGCGGUAGACACACUUCUGUGAUGUUAGGCAGUCUCCUUGAUGACCACCUCUGGCAUUCUGUCCUCAUAGAGCGUUUCAACAAGCAGGUGAACUUCACAGUAGACAAAGACACACAGCACUUUCGUACACAAGGUCAGGAGGACUCUCUGGAGGUAGACUACGAGCUUAGUUUUGGAGGAAUUCCUCUGCCAGGCAAACCUGGUACUUUUUUGAGGGAGAAUUUUCACGGCUGCUUGGAGAACCUCUACUACAACGGAGUCAACAUCAUCGACAUGGCCAAAAGACGCAAACCUCAGAUCUACACCGUGGGUAACGUGACUUUCUCAUGCUCUGAUUCGCAGCCAGUGGCUGUAACGUUUUUAAGUGCCACCGAUAGUUUUCUGGCUUUGCCGACCGAUUGGGCAGCAGAAGGUCUGUCCGUACGGCUCCAGUUCCGUACGUGGAAUCAAGACGGCUGUUUGCUUACUGUUCCACUGACUCGGGGCCCGAAGUCAUCAUCUCUCACCCUGCAGUUUAGCAGGGGUUUAUUCCUGCUCACCGUGAGAGGAAUCCCACAAGGCACGGCUCAAAUCGGCACCGAAGGACCAGGUUUGUGUGACGGACAGUGGCACUCAGUGGCAGUAGAGGUCAAGGGUCAGCAGGUCUAUCUAACUGUGGACAUUCAGAAACCAGUGGUUAUGGAGAUUACUCAGCUCACCAACAGCUUACAGAGAACAACUGUUAUAUUUGGAGGCUGCCCCGUAUCACACUAUGACCUUGGCUGUGAGAAACCUCACACCGGAUAUCAGGGCUGCCUUCGUCUCAUCUUCAUCAACAACCGACCUAUCGGCCUCAGUAGAACACAACAAUCGAAACAAACGAACUUUAGUGAGCUCAGCUUUGACAUCUGCAGUAUCCGUGACAGAUGUGUACCAAAUUUCUGUGAACACGGUGGAGUUUGCUUCCAGUCUUGGGACCAUUUCUACUGUAACUGCUCUGGAACAGGCUACACGGGCUCGACCUGCCAUAACCCAAUUUAUGAGCGAUCAUGUGAAGCCUACAGAAACAAAGCAAGCCCUUCUGGUAUUUUCACCAUAGAUCCUGAUGGCAGCGGGCCCUUGGAUCACACGCUGGUGAACUGUACAAAUGCACAGGACAAACUGUGGACGGUUGUAGGCCACGAUCAUUUACAGCCUGUUAGCGUUCAAGGUUCCACUCCCAGAAGCCCCUAUGUCCUUAUAUUCAACUACUCAAUUUCGCCUUAUCACAUCCGCUCCCUGGUGGCAUCGGCAGAACAUUGCCAGCAGGAAGUGACAUAUCGCUGCAGGAAGUCUCGCCUCUUUGACACCUGGGAUGGCACUCCUCUGUCAUGGUGGCUGGACAGGGACGGUGUUAAGAGGAUGUACUGGGGAGGGUCUCUGCCUGGAGUGCAGCAAUGCUCCUGUAGCCUGGAAGGCAACUGCAGGGACAUGAACUACUUCUGCAACUGUGAUGCUGACCAGGAAACAUGGGUGAAUGAUACCGGCCUGUUGUCUUACAAAGACCAUUUACCGCUUAGCGAGAUCGCCAUUGGAGACACAAACAGAACGGGCUCGCAGGCGCUCUUUCAGAUCGGACCUCUGCGCUGCUCUGGCGAUCGAUUUUUGUGGAACUCUGCCUCCUUUAUUUUGGAGUCCUCAUAUCUGCAUUUCCCUACACUGCAAGCUGAGCUGAGCAUAGACAUCUCCUUUUAUUUCAAGACCGGAACUCCUUCUGGCCUCUUCCUUGAGAAUGUAGGAGUACAAGACUUCAUCAGGCUGGAGCUGAGCUCUCCAUUGGCAGUCACGUUCACCUUUGACCUCGGUGACGGCCCAGUGGUUCUGGUAGCCAGGUCGCCGAUGGUUCUGAAUGACAGACAGUGGCAUUAUGUACGAGCUGAAAGAAACGUGAAAGAGGCAUCGCUGCAGGUCGACCUGCUGCCCCUUCAGAUCAUUGAAGCAGCCACUGAAGGGCAGCACAGACUCCAGCUCAACAGCCAGCUCUUUGUUGGAGGAGCACCUACCACUCAGAGGGGCUUCAUAGGGUGCCUCCGUGCCCUCAGCAUCAAUGGGAUGACCUUUGACCUUCAUGAACGUGCUAAGAUGACUCCCGGCAUGAACUCGGGUUGCCCGGGUCACUGCAGCAGUGAGAGCUUGUGUCAUAACGGGGGAAGGUGUUUGGAGAACAGGAACAGCUACAUAUGCGACUGCACACACACAGCAUUCACAGGAGCCAACUGCAAAACAGCUAUCUCUGCAUCCUUUGAGAGAGGGACGUCUGUAACGUAUGCCCUUCAGGAACCAUUUGCAGUAAUGAGGAACCAAUAUCCAAAACAACUGCCAAGGAACAAACACUCAGACACGUUUAGAUCCCGGGAAAACGUGGCAUUCGGGUUCCUAACGAAACACGCACCGGCUUUGCUCUUGUCCGCUCAGUCACAUGACCAGCGCUACAUGGCAGUUACCCUGACCCAAAAUGGCAGCUUGCAGAUCUGGUACAGGCUGAACCAGGAGACAGGUCCAGACAAGUUCAGUCUUAAACCUGCCAAUCUAGCUGACGGACGGUUCCACUGGGUCAGAAUAAAUCGUGAUGGAAAUCAUCUUCAUGUCCAGAUCGAUAACACAGUGAUGCAGCAGUACAGUCUGUCUCCUGGCUCUGCUCUUGCUCCAGUCAGGAUUUUAACCCUGGGGAGAAUCCGAGGAAGUGACAUCACUGAUGAGGAAGUGGUGCGUGCAGGACAAAGAGGAUUUGUCGGCUGCCUGUCAUCUGUGCAGUUUAAUCAAGCUGCCCCUUUAAAAGCAGCGCUCCAAAACAGAGGCAGUUCAGCAGUCAGUGUUCACGGCCGGCUGGAGGAUUCAGACUGCGGGGCUAAAUCAAGCACAGACACUCACAUAAUCACCCACACAGGCUCAGGAGAUGAAUCAUCAAAAUCAGACCGAGAUCAAGCUCCUCUGACAAAGAGUGCACAGAGUGACUCAGCACUAAUUGGAGGAGUCGUGGCUGCCAUCGUGUUUAUGACGCUGUGCGUGUUGGCUGUGUUGAUCCGCUUCCUCUACCAACACAGGGAACCCCAACCUCUGCCUGCUGUCGCCAUAAAGAGUAAAAAACCCAGCUUGGAUUUGGAACCUUCCAAACCGAACCACGUCGGCAAGGAGUACUUCAUCUGACAGGAGUCGUUUCUGUUGCAUUAGCUACAGAAAUAAGAUUAUUAUUAUAAGCUGUGCACACGGGCGCCCGACCCAAACCUUCUGACACUUCUGUGCCAUCUUUUACUUCAGGCCUCCUCUCCUGUCUGACACAGCUGUUGAGUUCUGAUCCAAGCUGGACAGGAAGUCAGGGUCAGUACGGACUCCAGUUUACACUUGAUUAAAAAAUGAUGAGGAAAUAAUCCGAACUUGUGUGACAUACUGUGUGCUGUUUGAUAACAGUGAGAGACUCUAACACAGCACCUUGUACACACAAGUCUUAAGUCAAAAGCCCAAGACAGGAAACGUGCUGGUCUGCUUAAUCCAACCCUGUUACACUCGGCACAGGCUUUGUGUUUUGUCGCUUACUCAACUGAAUGUGCUCUGAUAUCACUGAGAAGGAAACGUCUCAGCUUCGUUCAUAAUGUGGAAAAAUCCCCGUCUCUUUUCAUGUCAGAAAAUCAUCUGUAAUGAGGAUUUGACAAAAUCAGACAUUCAGAUCAAACAAGAGACAAAACGGUAAACAAAAGCGGAUUAGCUCUGGCGUUCAGUCAGAGCUAGCAAGAGUUCGAUCGUGAAAGCUUUGUGUGUGUGUCCACGGCUGCAUGUCAGAAACGUUCACCCGAUAAUGCAGCUAAAUCCGAGUCUACAGAAAGGUCUUGAAUGAAGUGCAUUAUAUUACCUGUCAUGAGACAACACCAUGCUUUCUUACUGAAAUCCAUUUCUUUUGGUCAGGGGUUCAGUUUUCUAUAUGGCUGUUGUUGUAUAUGACCGUUUAUCUAUUUCAGAAAUAUAUUUAAUAAAAAGAGCUGUUUUUAUAGCC